AUUUAAUCGGCGCAGCACGCGCUCUCGAGUGUGGAGCUCAGCGAGCAUGCGUGCGCCACGUCGGGACGUCACACUGACACACACCCUGACACUGACACACAUACCGCGGACACUCGUAGCCGAGGAGCCCGAGCCGCGAGCCUGCCCCUGCCGAGACAUUAGAAUGGCAGCGUAGACGGAAGAUGUAACCCAACUACUCCUCUACGUUGAUGUAUGUGAAUCUACGCAGAGGACAACGCAAGCGCAUACUUUUCAAUAUAAGUGGCUUCAAGGUUGCUGAGAAAAUACAACUUGAAGAUUCUGGAAGAGACUUCAACUGAAGAACAGGAGAGAUAUAUAGAUUUCAAUAUCUAUUAGAACGACCGUUAACUCAAACCGAGACCGUUUCAAAACUUCAUUUUAUUUGAUGCCAUUAGUGUCAAAGCGAUAAGAGUUAAAAUAACAAUUUUCUUUAUUAUUUUACAAAUAAUCGUUUACUGGUAAAAAUGAAUCGCCUGUGAGGUUAUAGAUUCCGAAUAAAUGACAUUCCAAAUAGAAAUAAAAAAACACUUAAACCCGAGGUAGGCAUGCGACUCUCGCUCGGCGAGGAUCUGCGCAGCAGUGCUCGUGCUACGGCCAUCGCGCUCCGACCCUGACCGCGCGCGCCGUCGUCCACGCGAGGGGCCGCCGGACCGCUGCGCGCAACGCCGCCGGGCCGGCGCGAUGGCCUACGCGGCUCUGCGGGCCUCGGGCGGCCUGCGCUAUUUUGCGGAGCUCUCCGGGGACGAGAACGAGAGCGGCAGCGAGGACUCGGAGCGCUCGCUCCCCUACGGCGCCGGCGGCGGCGCCCCGAGCAAGCGGGCGCGCCACAUCGCCGCAGACGCCUCUCUCUGCAGCGGCGGUGCCGCCGCGCCGGGCGAGACGCGCCAGCGGCAGGCGGCCAACGCCCGCGAGCGCGACCGCACGCACAGCGUCAACACGGCCUUCACCGCGCUGCGCACACUCAUUCCCACCGAGCCGGCCGACCGCAAGCUCUCCAAGAUCGAGACACUGCGCCUCGCGUCCAGCUACAUCUCGCACCUCGGCAACGUUCUCCUGCUGGGCGAGCGGUGCCCCGACGGGCAGCCGUGCCACGCCCCCCCGCCGCCCCCCUUCUGCGGCGGGGCGCGCCACGCCGAGAGGGCGCAGCGGGCCGGGGGGGGCGGCGCCGCCGCCGCCGCCGCGUCCGCGACGCAAGCUCUGACCGGGGCUCUCUCGGCCGAUCCCGGCGUGGCGGGGAUGGCGGCAAGCGGAGGACCGGGCGGCCAGGCGGCGCCGCCAAAAGUCAUCUGCACGUUCUGCCUCGGCAACCAGCGCCGUUUGGGCCGAGAGAGAGAACGCAAAUCUGCCAUGCGUUGCUGACCAGCGGACACGAAACCUCGGCAAGAAUUAUGAGGAGGCCCGAGAAGGUUUCUGUACCGGCUUUCCUGGAACAUUUUGUAAACUUUACAAAACCAAUGCCAAGCCCUUCCCUGAACAUGGCACCCAACUU